GCCAACCUAUGCUCUUCAAGUGCAUCCAAAUCAUCUCUUAUACCCUCUCUCUCUCUAGAUUUCCGCAUCACUCUCUCUCUCUCUCUCUAGAAAUGGUUCAAGCACAAGCUCACUUUCUUCUGAUAACAUUUCCAGCCCAAGGACAUAUCAACCCAGCUCUCCAAUUCGCCAAGCGUUUAAUACGCAUCGGCGUUCGCGUUACUCUCGCUACUUGUGUAUCCGCCGCCCGUCGCAUGACCAACGCCUCUUUCCCCGACGGUUUAACAUUCGCUACAUUUUCCGACGGGUAUGACGACGGCGUUACAUCCGAAGACGACCGUAUCAAGUACAUGUCGGAGCUCAAGCGCCGGGGAUCAGAGACGAUAAACGAACUCAUCAUUGCUAGUGCCAAUGAAGGAAAGCCCUUCACUUGCUUGGCGUACACGCUAUUACUUCCUUGGGCAGCCGAGGUGGCGCGUGCUCAUCACCUCCCAUGGACACUUGUUUGGAUUCAGCCCGCUACUGUUCUCGGAAUCUAUUACUAUUACUUCAAUGGGUAUGCAGAUGAGUUUGCUAAAUGUAGUGACCCUUCUUACGCCGUUCAGUUACCGGGAAAGCUUCCGGCAUUCGUCAGCCGUGACUUGCCGACGUUUGUACUUCCGCCUAAUACUUACCCUGCUAUACUGUCAACAUUUCAAGAGCAGAUAGAGUUACUAAGUAAACAAAAUAAUAUUAAAAUACUAGUCAAUACUUUUGAUGCAUUAGAAUCUGAAGCAUUACAAGCUAUCGGUAAUGACAAGUUCAGUCUCGCCGGAAUUGGGCCGUUACUUCCGUCUGCUUAUCUUGACGGGAAAGAUCCGUCUGACACUUCAUUCGGAGGCGAUCUUUUUCAAACAUCGAAAGAGUACACAAAAUGGCUCGACUCGAAACAAGAAUCAUCAGUGGUUUAUGUAUCAUUCGGAAGCUUAUCCGUGUUAUCCAAGAAACAGAUGGAAGAGAUUGCCGGAGCGUUAUUGACUUGUAAUCGUCCGUUCUUUUGGGUCAUACGAGAAGAUCCGAACCCGAAUCAAGAAAAGGAAAAGGAAGAAGACAAUGAGUUGAGUUGCAGAAAGGAAUUGGAAGAGAAAGGAAUGAUAGUGCCAUGGUGUAAUCAGGUAGAGGUUCUAUCGCAUCCUUCGGUAGGAUGUUUCGUGACGCAUUGCGGGUGGAAUUCGACGACGGAUGGGCUAGUAUGCGGAGUUCCGAUGGUGGCAUUUCCGCAAUGGACCGAUCAAGGAACGAACGCGAAGCUGAUUGAAGAUGUUUGGAAGAGUGGAGUGAGAGUUGCACGUAACGGAGAAGGGAUAGUUGAAAGUGAGGAGAUAAAGAGAAGCUUGGACUUGGUAAUGGGCGAUGGAGAGAAAGGUGAAGAAAUACGGAAGAAUGCAGAGAAAUGGAAGAUAUUAGCUAAAGAUGCAGUCAUGGAAGGUGGCUCUUCGGACAUUAAUCUUAAGGCUUUUGUGGAUCAGGUUAAUGGAACAGACUGUUAAUUUGUAGUAGCUAAUGUUCUUUAUAUUUAUUGUAUUCAUUGUGGGGGAUGAAAUUCAAUAUUUCUAUGAUACUUUUCGUAAAAUGAAAAUAUUAAUCAAAUAAUUCCAUGGUUGGUUAUUAA